AAGGCGAUGCGGUUGUUGCGCGCAAUGCAUCAACAGGGAGUUGUCCAAAAGGAUGCACGAAAGGCAAACAUGCUGCUCAAUGUGGAGAUCAAUGGGUUCAUGAUGAUUGAUAUUGAAAGAGCGAUGCUGCUGGAGCCACCUCGACGUCCGUUGGCUCAGCUGGUGUCGAACAAGCGAAGAUGGAAGCCAGAGACGAUAGAUUGCAGCGAGUCGGCAGAGAAAUCAAGCGAUCGAGGUCAAGCCAGCAGGGGAUUUUCCAAGGACAUUGGGAUGAUGAAGAUAGUAUUCGGAGAGCAUCAUAUUCACAAGCCGUGA